AUGCGUCACUUAUUUGAUGAGCAGGAUCUUGAGAAAGUCGCAAGCAAUAUAGAAGAAAACCCACACACACCAAUUCAUGAUCACAAUUAUACAGCUGAAAGUCAGGGGUUGCCCUGUUUAUGUCGACCAUUGCGAACUAAUGAUGAGUGGAAGUUUCAUGAGAAACUAGCACGCGAGAUAAAAUCGCAGGUCAUUGGCAAAGCAGCGCAAGCUCACGAGAUGUGUAAACAACGGAUCGAUUAUGUAGAUGGGUAUAACAUAUUUUUAAAGUUGCCUAUACACUUCAAUACGGCUGAAUGGGCACAGCGAUUCCAGACGCAAGCAGAAAAUCGUGAUGAUAUAGAGCACCUGCAUACUGCUUUGAGGAGUGAAGAAACUGCCGAGAAUGCUACUGCAGCAGUAAAUCUGGCUCAACAGAAAGCUCAGGAAUAUAUGGAUGCUCAGCCAGAACAAGCGCAUUUACCAACAGUCGGCGAACAGAAUUACCCUUUUCUGACACCAUUAGCCCCCUCAGGGGACACACCAACGGCGAAUCCGCAGGUAAUGGAAGAGCUCAAGCGUGUCAUGAUAGAAGACGAGGCGGCCGCCGCCGGCCGUCUGAAGCUAACUUAAACAGUCAACGGGCGACAACAUCAACAACCUCGACAUCUAGUACACGAGCUGAGGCAACGCACACACGACAUACUAGGCCUGUUGUGCAACAAUAUAUG